AUGUUGAAAACCCGAGAAAGACCAGACUCAGAGGAACCAGAGCCAGGGACGUCCAAACCAGCAAGACGACACCAGUGCUUCCAGUGUGGAAAUAGUUUCAAUGGGUCAGGGGAUCUGAAAAAACAUGAGAGAAUACACACAGGGUACAAGCCUUACCACUGCUCCCAGUGUGGGAAGAGUUUCAACCGGUCAGGGGAUCUGAAAAAACAUGAGAGAAUACACACAGGGGACAAGCCGUACCACUGCUCCCAGUGUGGGAAGUGUUUCUACCAGUUAUGGGAGCUGAAACAGCAUGAGAGAAUUCACACAGGGGAGAAGCCGUACCACUGCUCCCAGUGCGGGAAGAGUUUCAACUGGUCAGGGGAUCUGAAAAAACAUGAGAGAAUACACACAGGGGAGAAGCCUUACCAUUGCUCCAAGUGUGGAAAGAGUUUCAACCAGUCAGGGGAUCUGAAACAGCAUGAGAGAAUUCACACAGGGGAGAAGCCUUACCACUGCUCACAAUGUGGAAAGAUGUUUAACCAGAAAGGACACCUGAAAGCUCACGAGAAAAUUCACACAGGGGAGAAGCCUUACCACUGCUCACAAUGUGGAAAUAUGUUUAACCACAAAGGACACCUGAAGGCUCACGGGAAAAUUCACACAGGGGAGAAGCCUUACCACUGCUCACAAUGUGGAAAGAUGUUUAACCGGAAAGGACACCUGAAAGCUCACGAGAAAAUUCACACAGGGGAGAAGCCUUACCACUGCUCCCAGGGUGCAAAGCUUUUGCCAAAGGAGGUCUGCUUUACGGAGAAAGAAUAUUUGAGAGUGAAAAAGGAGGAAGAGGAGGCUGUUAUUGUGAAAGAAGAGAACGAACGUUUUAGAGAGGAAGAGGAUGCUAUCUUAAUAAACGUGAAGGAGGAAGACGUUUUGAGAGUGAAAAAGGAGGAGACAGAAGUGCCGAUUGACACCAGAGAAAGGCCAGACUCAGAGGAACCAGAGCCAGGGACGUCCAAACCAGCAAGAAGACACCAGUGUUCCCACUGUGGAAAGGGUUGUAACCACUUAAAUGAGCUUAAACGACAUGAGAGAAUACACACAGGGGAGAAGCCUUACCACUGCUCCCAGUGUGGAAAGGGUUUUAACGAUUUGGGAAAGCUGAAACGACACGGGAGAAUACACACAGGGGAUACGCCUUACCACUGCUCCCAGUGUGGAAGGCGUUUUAACGAUUUGGGGAAGCUGGAACGACAUGAGAGAAUACACAGAGGGGAGAAGCCUUACCACUGCUCCCAGUGUGGAAAGGGUUGUAACGAUUUGGGGAAGCUGAAACGACAUGAGAGAAUACACACAGGGGAGAAGCCUUACCAUUGCUCCCACUGUGGAAAGCGUUUUAACGAUUUGGGCAAGGUGAAACGACAUGAGAGAAUACACACAGGGGAGAAGCCUUACCAUUGCUCCCACUGUGGAAAGUGUUUCAACCAGUUAGGGACCCUGAAACAGCACAAGGUAAUACACACAGGGGAAAAUCGUUACCGCUGCUCCCAGUGUGGAAAGGGUUUUAACGAUUUGGGGAAGCUGAAACGACAUGAGAGAAUACACACAGGGGAGAAGCCUUACCAUUGCUCGCAAUGUGAAAAGAUGUAUAGCGAGAAAGGACACCUGAAAGCCCAUGAGAAAACUCACACAGGGGAGAAGCCUUACCAAUGCUCCCAGUGUGGAAAGUGUUUCACCUGGGCAGGGUAUCUGAAAAAACACGAAAGAAUACACACAGGGGAGAAGCCUUACCACUGCUCCCAGUGUGGCAAGUGUUUCAACGGGGAAGGGGAUCUGAAAAGACACGAAAGAAUACAUACAGGAGAGAAGCCUUACCACUGCUCCCGCUGUGUCAAGUGUUUUAACCAGUUAGGGGCCCUGAAACAGCACGAGAGAAUACACACAGGGGAGAAGCCUUACCACUGCUCCCAGUGUGGCAAGUGUUUCAACCAGUUAGGGACCCUGAAACAGCACAAGAUAAUACACACAGGGGAGAUGCAUUACCACUCCUCCCAGGAUGCAAAGCUUUUGCCCAUUUAGGAAGCCUGAAAUAACAUGAGACACAGAGGAGAAGGCUUACAGAAGGUUCGAUUUUGGGAAAACAUAUUACUCAUAACAAUCACUUAAACGUCAUUAGAGAAUCCACACAGGAGAGAGAAAUUACUUCUCUUAGCAUGUAUAUUGAUAUUUCACAUCUCAUUGACUCACAACUCAUCAGAGAACAUACACAGUGCUCCCAUUGUCUUAUAUUGUUGCCUUAUAAUGUGUUUACCUGUUUUUACCAGAUGAAAUUGCUUCUUCCAAUUAUUGAUAAACAUGUACCUGUUAAGAAACUGACUGUUAACUGUUAAGGCUCCAUGGAUUGAUGAGGAAUUUAAAAACUGUAUGUUUGAAAGAGUUGGGGCAAAAGGAGUGGCUAAUAAGUAUGGCUGCACAUCUGGCUGGCUUAUGUACUGCAAACUGAGAAAUUAUGUGACCAAACUCAAUCAAAAUAAUAAACUUAUUAAGAAGCCAAGAUCAAUGAUAUAAAGAAUUAUGAAAAAAAACAUCAUGAAAGAAAAGCAGUGCAAGUUUUGAAUUUUGUAAAGUUAGUGUGGGACAGGUGGAACAAUUGUUAUCGAUCCAAUAAUGACAAACCUCCUGGCAUUGACAACUUAGAUGGAAAGCUACUGAGGACAGUAGCUGACUCUAUAGCCACUCCUAUCUGACAUAUUUUUAACAUGAGCCUAGAGGAAGGUCUUUGUUCUCAGGCCUGGAGGGAAGCCCAAUUAAUCCACUACCUAGUCAUGUAAGACUGGAACAUAGUAUCAACAGGAACUCUUAGUUCCCUUUAUCCAUCUGUUACCUAAAAUAUAGUUUCAACACACAGACAUCUGACUAUGUACAGUUGACCUUUUCAUGCACUUGCAAGGUGUCUACCACUGAUUCUUUAUCUCAAGCUAAAGCAAAACAUGAAUCAUUGUACUUUUGUCAUCACAGGUGUUCCUGUAAUGUACAGAUAUCAUCAAAGUUCUUACAAGUCAAAUUACACACAUCUCUGACACACACACUUAUCCCACCAGACAUGCCACUGGGGCUCUUUUCACAGUUCACAAGAUUCCAGAACAAAUUCAAGAAAGCGUACAGUAUUAUAUAGGGCCCUUAUUGCAUGGAACUUCCUUCCAUCUCAUAUUGCUCAAAUAAACAGCAAACCUGGU